AUGGCAUUCCUGUUUGAUGAUUAUUAUGAAAAGAAUAGUCUUCCAUAUGAUGCCGACCACAUUUAUGAAAUGAGAGUUUUACCAUACGAUUUGGAUAUGAACUUUCACCUUAACAAUGCUCAAUAUCUUUCCUUCAUGGAACACGCCAGAUUUGAUAUGAUUUUGAAACAUGCCAAUGUUUUUAAUAGAUGUAGAAGAAAGGGCUAUGGAUGGGUUGUUGCUGGAGUUAGUUUCCAAUUUAGAAGAAGUGCCAAUUUAUUUGAUAAGGUCAGAAUUGUAACCAAUGUCUGUGGUGCCGAUGAGAAAUGGUUAUACGUACAACAAAACUUUUAUGUUGGUAAGAGAUUUAUCGGCAGAGGUAUUGUGAGAAUGUGCACAUUUGAUAAGAAUGGUGCUGUUUCGACUGCCAGAUACUUUAAGGACAUUUUACAUGUUGAUAUUGAAACUGCUGAUCCAAAAUUCAGAAUGACUAAGGAUGAUUAUGCCAAAUUUGUUAAUGCUGAUUAUUCAAUUUCUGCCAGUGGUGACACUAGAGAUGAUAUCAUGACCAGAGUCAGCAGUUUUGUUUUCCAUGACGAAACUUUGAAGGAAAAAUAA